AUGAAAAGCGUGGUGCAUAAAUUUGCUGCAUUAGUUGCUUACUUGUUAGAAGUUCAAAUAAAGACCCGGCACUGCAUAAAUGAAUGGGUUGAAACCAUUUCUCGAAGGCAGAACAAAACUUUUCACAUAAAUCUUUCAAAUGAAAGUAUAAAUGCAAUUAUUCACAUGACACCUCAGUCGAGGUCUUUGCAGCAUGUUUAG